AUGGAAUAUUGUUUUGCAGCUAAACAGACAGUAAUUCAGGUUUCUGUUAUACUAGGUUACUACAAGAAAAACCUCUUUAAUGAGGAAUGGAAAUACUCACCACAUCAAAUUAUUGCUGUUGGAACUCAGUGGAAUAAGCAUAUAGGAAUUUUAAUAAAGGAGUUCAUGAAUGAUCCUUACAUUGUGAUAACAGCUUUGGAAGAAGCUUCCAUUUAUGGAAAUGUGCAACAGGUUGUGCAGCAUUGUGUGAGCAGUGAGAGAACUGCUGUGUUACUCAAAACAAUGGAUUUUACCCCUAAUAAUCUUCAGAAGGUGCUGGUUUUCACCAAUUCCGUAGAUGAAGUAGAAAUAGUACAUAAGGCACUGAAGAGCAACUCAAUAUUUGCCUUCAAAAUACAUAAGGAAAUGGACUUUAAUUUCAAGGAUUUCUUAGAGCAUUGGACAAAACGCUUUAGCAGUGGCAGUCGUGUUGUGUUAGUUCUAACAGAUGACUGCAUGCAGUUCUUGGAGAUUACAGAUGCAUCUUGUGUCAUACAUUUUGGUUUUCCUUCUUCUCCAACAAUCUUCGGUCAGCGUCUGUACAGCAUGUCUGACAACUUCCAUACUAUGAUAAAGGAUUCAUCUGAUCAGGACCAUCGACAGGCAAGGUCAGUCAUAAUGCUAACAGAAAACAGUGAGUGCCAUACUGUUGGUAUCCUGCGCUUUUUGGAGCGUGCGGAAGCUGACAUUCCACCAGGAUUGGCUGGGGUGCUAGAAGCUGAAGAAAAGAAGAAGUUUGCAAGGCCAUUGUGCAUCUAUCUUAAAAUGUUUGGGAAUUGCAAGAAUAGAACGGUGUGUCCAGAUCGUCAUCAAAUUAAUUUACAAACAGACAUGCUCCAGAAUAUGGCAUCUAAAACUAUACAAACAUCUGGAUAUGUGACAGUACUGCCUCUCCACGUUGUAAGUGCAACAAACUACUUUGGUCGUAUAGUAGAUAAACAAAAGGACCAGUAUACAAUUCUUGCUGGAGAAAUCAAUGAGUAUUUUAACGAGACUAGUAAUAGAGUUGUUGCUCAAAAGGUAGAGAAGCUAGCUUUGUAUGGAUUCUGUGAGAAAACAGUUUUUCACAGGGUCCAGGUGAUAGAGACUUCUUCAAAAGAAGAAGAAAAUUUUAACAUCAAAAUUAAAUACGUAGAUGAAGGCAGAACUAGUCAAGUUCAGAGCUCUCAGCUUCUUCACUUACCUGCAAGAUUUCAGCAUCUGCCACCUCAGGCUGUGGAAUUUGUAGUUUGUAGAGUUAAACCCAUUGAUAAUGACACUGAGUGGAACCCAAGGGUGACUCGUUAUAUUCAUCAGAAAAUUGAAAGGAAACCACAUGAAGCAAAGGUAGUACUUAGUUUAGGAAAUACAGUUUGGAUUGACCCAAUGGUCCGGGUUACCAGGCUUUCAGAUUUGAAGAUGUAUGUCAAUGAAUACAGCGUGCGAUCUGAGAUUUUGUCUACAGGGCUGGGAACUGAUAAUCCAGAACAUAUAUUGCAACUUCAGAAGUUGUGUGAGCACGUGAAGUUAUUCAGUCAUACAAAGAAUUUGGAGCUUUUGUGAGUGUUUCCAAAUUAUUUUCCGCUAAUGUUUUAUUAGGAAAAUAACUGGAUAUUUACAUUAUUUAUUGGAGAGUAUGAUUUUUAUUUAAACAGAUGAUAUUGUUUGUGAUAUCUGCUCUCAUCUAACUAAUUAGGGCACUACUCUUUAAUGACUGGGGUUACGUGAUGUUUUUUAUGGCAACAAUUCUGUGCACGUUGCUGUUUAAAAAAAUUCUUCAUUGAGUAAAUAUGUGGUGUGGAAGGGCACCUCUUUCUGUGAUCUGUGAAGGAUUCCAAGAUUCUUCAUUUAAAAUGCAUACGAUGACGGCAUUCAUAGUUGCUGUGGUUUAAUCUGCCAGGUGG